GAUCGUAAAACCAAGUCAACAAAUGCAGGAAGUUCCAUGUCUUUUGGGUGGCAGCAGAGUGGAGUGAGAAAGGCAUGUGGGGAAGUAUAUAAACCAGUAGCGCUACACAGCAGCAAUGAAACAGAUCGCCCUGUGCUUCAGCUGUAAACCAGGUGUCUGUUUAAAGCCUUUCUACACAAAAUGAGGAACCUGACUGUGUGUGUGCUCGCCCUAGCGCUGAUGGCACAAGCCGUUGUGUCUCUGGAGUGUUAUUACUGCCCUAAUGGAGGAAGAUGCUCCACCACUGAGAAAUGUAGGAUGAACCAGGAUCAAUGUAUUACAAUGUUCUUCCCUUCCACUGGUAAAUUCGCUAAGCGAUGCUCCUCGACGUAUGAGUGUCAAAUCUUGAUGGCCUUGGGGGGGUCUGCAGUGCAGGUCAUUUGCUGCGGCUCAAACCGGUGCAACCAAUAGACAGGAGCUCCUGCACUCU